UCUUUGGUGGAGCUAGCCGGCUAGCAGCUAGCACAGAGACGCCAUUAGUUGGUGAGAGAACCGUUUGGCGUCAGGUUGGAACGGAGCUGGUUCGGGUGUCAGACCCGGUUUCCUCUCGGUUGUGGACGGUCUCUCAGAAAGGUUCGGGUCGUUUGGACUGUCGAACAGUCGUUCUCGCGUUUUUAGAUUUUUUUUAAUAAACUCUGAAGCCGAUGUGAGCUCCACUUCGAUAGAAGCUUUAGCAUUAGCAGCGCUAGCUUAGAAUCGCCUGUUUUGAUUCAUCUGGAGGGUUUUCGGAACACAGUUCGGUCAUGUCAUCGGCGGGAGCGGCCGGAACCAGCAGCAGAACCUACUCCUUCAAAGUGGUGCUGCUCGGGGAGGGCUGCGUGGGGAAAACGUCGCUGGUGCUUCGGUACUGCGAGAACAAAUUCAACGACAAACACAUCACAACGCUGCAGGCGUCCUUCCUCACAAAGAAGCUCAACAUCACAGGAAAGAGGGUAAAUCUGGCCAUCUGGGACACGGCGGGUCAGGAGCGCUUCCACGCCUUAGGUCCCAUCUACUACAGAGACUCCAACGGAGCCAUUCUAGUGUACGACGUCACAGACGAAGACUCCUUCCAGAAGGUGAAGAACUGGGUCAAAGAGCUGAGGAAAAUGUUGGGGAAUGAAAUCUGUUUAUGUAUAGUUGGUAAUAAAAUCGAUUUGGACAAAGACAGACAUGUUUCUGUGGAGGAGGCUGAGAGCUAUGCAGAGUCGGUGGGAGCCAGACACUACCACACAUCAGCCAAACUAAACAAAGGCAUCGAGGAGCUCUUCCUGGAUCUCUGUAAAAGGAUGAUGGAGACGGCUCAGGCGGAGGAGCGGGCGAAGGGCAACGGGGCCAGCCAAUCAGCAGCAGCGAGGCGGGGCGUACAGAUCGUGGACGACGAGCCGCAGGCCACGCCCGCCGGAGGAUGCUGCUCCUCCGGCUAACGCGCGCUCACGUGCACGCUCGUCCUCUGUGCUUAUCCACGCAUUUAUCAUCGUCUGUUUUUCCGGUCGGUCCGCUUGAAAAUAAUCUGCCGCUAAGGAGCAUGGGAAAUCAUUUUUCAGUCUGUUCAUCUGUGUUCCCUCCAAAAUAAAAGCUACAGUCGUCCCGAUCGAAGCGAGUCUGCUUUCAGUGGUUCUCUGUUCCCACGGCAGGGCGGAGGCUGCAGCUCCACCUGCUGGACUGAUGCGGGACUGCAGUUUGAUCCUCUGACGGCUCACGGAGGGGGGGCAGAGGUCAGAGGUCACCGCCAUAAAACCACCGGCGGGAGCGGCUAAUCGGCGGUGUGUGCGGUGAGGCGGGACGUAGUCAGGUGGGCCGGGACUCUACUGAGCACGCUCCGUGGUGGUCUGUCUCUGACGCACACACCAGGAGGGCGAGCACGCUAAACGGAAACUGACGGAUUCAAGAUCUGACGCCAAAAUAAGAGUUCGCUCCCAAAUUUCAAAAUAAAGCUCCUAUGAAUCAAAGCUGUGGGGAUUUAUUUAAGGUGACGUUCAAAGUCGUGUUGUAACGGUGGGAGGGGUGAAGGGCGGCGGCCUGACUCGGCUUUCCUUUGACCUGUUUGACUAUUAAAUGUUGAUGAUUGACUCUGA